AUGAAGUCGACGCCUACUUCGGCUUCGUUGCCGGUGGCUCAGUCGCACUCUUCCGACACUCGCGAUGUGUUGCAGGAGGCACUCACAAACUUUGUGACGGACAGUAUGUACGACAGACCUCAGAUCAUUCUCGAGUACAUGGAAUCAUGGGCCCGCAAGCAGCUGCUCCAGCAGGAGGGAAGGGGGGCGGCGGUAGCUGUGACCAGGAAGGUGUCGCGCUUGUCUAUCACCCCCACUACCGGCGAUGCGGUGACACAGGCAGUGGCCUUCUGUGAGACUUCCAACGAAGCGGAUCCGGUGGAGGAGGCGGAGGCGGCGAACCGGCUGCGUAAACUCGCGGAGCACCGCCAAAAACAAUACGGAGACAUAGCGCAGGGUUGCCUUGAUCAAUACCUCAUCUCGCUCGAAGACAGCGACGGGGACGUGUUCUACAUAAGCCAACUCCGGCGCAAGAUGGACGAGUCUCGCCUGCAGGCGAGGAGCGCGCGGACUGACACCGCUGUCGUUGCAGCGCAGCUGAAGGCAAUCGAAGAAGGUGAGGGGUCAAUGACGGGUAAGGUGCGCGAGCAGGCGGCGCUCCUCUACGAGUACGAGCAGCGAUGGGCGCAUGAGAAACCGAAGAGGAACCAUGCCUGA